UGCCGCACAGAAUUUAAUUUAGCGUCCCACGGUUGUGUUUAUAUUUUGGUUGUGUGCGCCCUUCAUUAUUUUUCAGACUUUCUUUGCAUCCCAGACGUUUCGUUCAAGGUUCCUCUUUCUGCAGCCGAACAAAAAAUGCAUAAUAUUUUUUAUAUAGUUACAUAAGUGCGUGUAACAAAACAGUUUGCCUCUAAAAAGUUCCUGUAUAUUAGCGGCUAGUGAGAAUUAAAUAUUAUAAAUAGUUUGAUUCCGUCAUACUUGGCACGCUGCACGUGAUGACGCCGAUGAGAAACGUGAAACCCCCUGAAACACAGGGGUCAAUCCAAUAAUUAUAGAUACUAUCAGUCUACGCACAUAUUUUCGAUUUGUGUCACAACGUCGUCACAGGUUUUUUGAAGUCGCUUUGCCUAAAUUUGUAUUUAUUCUUUUGUUUCGCCCUCUUUUUUAAGGUAAGCACCCAUAAAUUCUGGAACGUAAUGCCAGGCAACACAAUUGGCAGAGCCCCCGGACACUAAAUCCUUCCGUUUUAAAACACCUGCACAGAAGUUUAGAUAGUUUAGAAUUGCCAUGCUGUGUGCUCUUAUCCGUGGUCCACCCUCCGGCCACAGAAUGUCCCUGUACCGCUCCGUGCCGGAGCUUCUUGGCUUGGCUCACAAUAUCCGCUGCCUUUCGGCCGGAAGAGGCGUCUAUCAGCGGCAGCCACAGCUCCAGAACCCCGUCCAACGUCAAGAUCUGCUCUCGCAUUCCCGGCUGGCAGAGAGUUCCAAAUUAUCAGUGAGGAAACUUCAUUCAGAACACGGCGCAAUGUUCUACUCGAUGUACGCCUACCUGUCCAACUUGCCACGCCUCCACGUCUUGGGAAUGGCGAUGGUGGCCUAUGUCGUUUAUUACCUAAUCCAGGUUGUCAAGCGACCGAUUAUCGCCUGCUCGGACGGGCCGUUCAAACAGUAUCUGAUCCGGAAGGUGCCGACGUUGGAGAACAAGUACUGGCCCACUUUCUGGUGCGUGGAGAGCCGUGCCCAGACCGUCCUUGCGAGCCUGCUGCGCUCCAAGAGUCUGCCGCACGUCAACUACCGUCGCGAGAUUCUUUCGCUGAAGGAUGGCGGCGAGGUGGCGCUGGACUGGAUGGAAGAGGGCUGCGAUGCAAACGCUCCCUGCGUCCUCAUCUUACCCGGACUUACUGGUGAAUCGCAGGCGGAAUACAUAAAGUGCCUGGUCUUCGCCGCACAGCAGGCUGGAAUGCGAGUGGUGGUGUUCAACAACCGUGGCCUCGGUGGCAUUGAGCUAAAGACCCCUCGUCUUUACUGCGCCGCCAACUGUGAGGAUCUGUGCGAGGUCAUCCAGCAUGUGCGCCGCACCUUGCCCGAGCACUGCAAGUUGGGAGCGACAGGGAUUUCAAUGGGAGGCUUAAUUCUGGGAAACUAUUUGGCCCGCAAAAGCGAUGAGGCCAGGAGUUUCCUGUCUGCGGCAAAGAUAAUAUCGGUGCCGUGGGACGUGCACAAGGGCAGUGCCAGCAUCGAAAAGCCGGUUAUUAACAGCUUACUUGGCCGCCACUUGGCCGGCAGUCUUUGUCGCACUUUGCGCAACCAUCUGGACAUCUACAGGGAUAUUUACCAGGACUCUGACAUCGACAUCCAGCGGAUUCUGCGCUGCAAGACCAUCAAAGAGUUCGAUGAACUGUUCACGGCCAAGCAGUUCGGCUAUGCCCAUGUCAACGAUUACUACUCGGAUGCCACACUGCACAAUAAGCUGGACCACAUCUCGGUUCCGCUGCUUUGCCUAAGUGCCGCCGAUGAUCCGUUCCAACCGCUGGAGGCCAUUCCCAUCAAGGCGGCCAACCAGUGCACUCAUGUGGCUAUCGUGAUCACUGCUCGAGGCGGACACAUCGGCUUCCUCGAGGGCUGGUGGCCGUCCACCAAGGACCAGUACAUGGGCCGCCUGUUUACCGAAUACUUCAGCAAGGCGCUUUUCGACGAGGAUGGCGAGUUUCAGCACACGGCCAACAAAAUGCACGAGCGGUUCUUGGCCAAGCAAACCGUUGCGCUGGCCUCCUCAUCACCUUUGCUGCUGACCAAGAAACUGGACGCUGAUCAGUUGGACCACAAGGUCAAACUGAUGUAAACUAGGCUCGUUUACUCUAGCCCUCUUUUUGUCCAGUAGGGAUUUACACAUAAUACAUUAGUGUUCGCAUAUGUAUUCCGAUAGAAUUCCGUAAGCAAAGACUUGCGUACUCAUGUGAUAUGAAACGUUGAUCAAAAUCAAAAGUGUUGUUCUACUCUAAGACAGCGAAAAGGGAACAAAAUUUUCAGUCAAAAUACAUAGUUGCUUAACUUAUUCUUAGAUCGUGAAAUUAGUGACAUAUCAGGUUAAAAUUGCAAAGAAGCUUUACGAUUCGUAGCGGUAAAAUUGAAAUACAAAUCAAUGACACAAUGCAAUAAUCUUAGAUUUUACAAGUUCCGUAUAUUUAUAACGAUUAAAAAUACAACGCUUAAAUAAAAGGAAAAUAAAACA